AUGGGUCAGCAAACCCACCGGGAAUCAUAUUCUGGUCCCUUGCCUUCUGCCGCACAGCAUCGGAAAGAUUACAGUUACAAUUAUUGUCAUCACCGAUGUCACCACUAUUAUUCUGAUCAACGUCAACUCGAAUUUGCCAGUAAGGACGAGGCUCAUGAUCUAGUCUUUCCCUUCGACAAACUCGAGAGACUGAGUCCAGAUGAUGUUAGGGAAUGUGCUUAUGAAAUCUUUUUCACCGCUUGCCGGUCCUCGCCAGGGUUCGGGGUUCGGCAAACACAAUCGUUCCAUUGGAGUAACCAUGAGAACGAGCCAAAGUCACCCAAUGUGGUGAUGUCGCCAACAAGCAAGGUGAAGCGGGCCCUAGGGUUGAAGAUGUUAAAGAGGUCACCAUCGAGGAGAAUGGUGUCUGGUGGCAGUGGCGGGCCAUCGUCGCCGGUAAACGGAGGUAGCCCUUUUCAUAAUUCCACGCCGCCGUUAAGGCCGCGACGACCGAUGACUUCUGCUGAGAUCAUGAGACAGCAGAUGAAAGUGACUGAGCACAACGACAAUCGAUUGAGGAAAACCAUCAUGAGGACCCUUGUUGGCCAAGCAGGAAGAAGAGCAGAAACUAUCAUUCUCCCCUUAGAACUUCUGAGGCACCUAAAACCUUCUGAAUUUAGUGAUUCCAAUGAGUAUCACAUGUGGCAAAAGAGGCAGCUAAGAGUCCUUGAAGUAGGGCUUCUAACACACCCUUCAAUCCCUGUAGCAAAGGCCACCACCUUUGCCAUGCGCCUUAGGGACAUCAUUCGCAGUGGUGAGUUCAAACCCAUAGACACCGGGAAAAACUCUGACACUUUGAGAUCUCUUUCCAACUCAGUAGUUUCCUUAGCAUGGAGAAGUUCCAAUGGUACUCCCACUGAUAUUUCCCACUGGGCUGAUGGAUCCCCUUUGAACAUUCACCUGUACACUUCUCUUCUUCAAGCCAUUUUUGACAUUAGGGAUGACACAUUAGUCCUUGAUGAGGUUGAUGAGCUCCUUGAGCUAAUGAAGAAGACGUGGUCCAUCUUGGGGAUCACUAGGCCUAUUCACAACUUGUGCUUCACUUGGGUGUUGUUUCAACAAUAUGUGGUAACUGGGCAGAUAGAGCCUGACCUUCUUUGUGCCACACAUGCCAUGUUGUCUGAGGUGGCCAUUGAUGCUAGGAGGGAAAAGGAAUCAUUCUAUGUGAAGCUGUUGACAUCCGUGCUGAAUUCAAUCCUGGGUUGGGCUGAGAAGAGACUUAUUGAUUAUCAUGAGUAUUUCCAGAGAGGGAAUAUUAGCCAAAUUGAAAACAUUGUUCCUGUGGUGUUGUCAGUCUCCCAGAUUCUAGGUGAAGAUCUCACAAUAUCUGAUGACGGAGAAUUGGGAAAGAAGGGAGAUAUAUCCAUAGUUGACUCAUCAGGGGAUAGGAUUGACUAUUACAUUAGAUCUAGCAUAAAAAGUGCAUUUGAUAAGGUAAUUGAGUCAGUGAAUGCCAGGGCUAUUGAAUUGGGAAUAAAGGGAGCGUUUAGUGAGAUUCUACUUCAUGUAUCUCAAGAGACAGAAGAUUUGGCAAUGAAGGAAAGAGAGAAUUUUACUCCAAUGCUACAGAAAUGGCACCCAAAAGCAGGAGCAGUUGCAGCAAUGAUGUUGCACAGUUGCUAUGGCCAUGUGCUGAGGCAAUAUUUAGGUGAUAUGACCUCACUGACUCGUGAGACAGUGGAGGUGUUGCAAAAGGCCGAAAAGGUAGAAAAGGUUUUGCUCCAAAUGGUGGUUGAGGACUGUACUGAGGGUGAGGAUAAUGAUAGAAAAGUUAUGAAAGAGAUGGUUCCCUAUGAAGUUGAUUCAAUCAUAUUGAACCUCCUGAGAAAAUGGAUAAAUGAAUUACUGACCAGUGGAAAAGACUAUUUGCAAAGAGCAAAAGAAACUGAAACAUGGAAUCCAAAGUCCAAAUCAGAGCCAUAUGCAUCAUCAGUCGUAGAACUGGUGAAAUGUGCCAAGACAGUUGUAGAACAAUUCUUCAAAAUUCCAAUAGGAAUAACUGAAGAUAUAGUUCAAGAACUUGCUGAUGGAUUGCAAAGCCUCUUCCAGGACUACAUGAUGUUUAUUGCAGCAUGUGGUACAAAGCAGAGCUAUAUUCCUUCACUUCCCCCUUUGACGAGAUGCAAUCGUGACUCAAAGUUUAUCAAGUUGUGGAAGAAAGCUGCCCCUUGUGGUGUUAAUCCCUCAGAUAUGGAUCACAUAACUGAAGGUCAUCAUCCUAGGCCAUCAACUAGUCGUGGCACGCAACGCCUCUAUGUUCGUCUCAACACCUUACACUACCUCCACGCUCACAUUAACACCCUUGAGAAAACACUCUCUCAGACCCCUGGUGUAAUCCCUUCAAAUCGCAAACGUAGCGGUCCCUAUUUUGAUGUAAUCAAUUCCUCCAUCCCAGCAGCAUGUCAACAUGUCUCAGAAGUUGCAGCAUACCGCCUCAUAUUCCUAGACUCCAACUCAGCCUUCUAUGGUAGCCUCUAUCUUGACGAUGUACCCAAUGCACGCAUUAAGCCUGCAUUGAGGAUCCUCAAGCAAAACAUCACACUGAUGACUACACUUUUGACUGAUAGAGCUCAAGCACUUGCAAUGAAAGAAGUAAUGAAGGCCUCCUUCGACGCAUUCCUCAUGGUUUUGCUUGCAGGUGGAAGCUCAAGGGUGUUUAACAGGUCUGAUCAUGUGAUGAUCCAAGAGGACUUUGAGAGCUUGAACCGAGUUUUCUGCACUUGUGGGGAGGGACUAAUUGCAGAAAAUUUGGUGGAGAGAGAGGCUGCAGUUGUGGAGGGUGUCAUUGCAUUGAUGGGCCAAACCACUGAACAAUUGAUGGAAGAUUUCAACACUGCCACUUGUGAAACAAGUGGAAUCGGAGUCAUGGGUGAUGGACAGAAAUUGCCUAUGCCACCUACCACAGGAAGGUGGAAUAGGUCAGAUCCAAACACAAUACUGAGGGUGUUGUGCCAUAGAAAUGACAGAUCUGCUAAUCUUUUCUUGAAGAGGACAUUCCAGUUAGCUAAGAGAAGAUGA